AUCGUGUUUCCCGACGGAGCCAUUUACAGACGGAACCGGAAACGCGGCCAAUCAAAACUUUCACACCCACACACACACGUGAGAGAGAGAUUCCAUGCUUGCAGUCGCAUCGUAGUUACUUUUUAAAGCGGCGUUGAUCCACCUAAUAUCCGCGAAGAAACAGUCGGACGUGAACCCGUAACGGCUUCGUCGUCAAGAUGGCGGAGAUCGUUCAGCACCGGAUCGAGGAGCGGAUCCCCGAGCUGGAGCAGCUGGAGAGAGUGGGACUGUUCACCAAGAAAGAAGUCAAAUCCAUAAUCAAGAGAGCAACGGCUUUGGAGUACAAGCUUCACAGGUUGAUCGUAAACAAGGAUGACUUCAUCGCAUACAUUCAGUAUGAAAUCAACAUUUUGGAGUUGAUCAAGAAGAGAAGAGCGCACAUACACUACCAGUUCAAAAGAGAGGAGAUCGAGUUCCCCAUCAUCCAUAGAAUAAACAGCGUCUUCAGAAGAGCGACAAACAAGUGGAAGGACGACGUGCAGCUUUGGCUCUCUCACGUUGCUUUCUGUAAGAAAUGGUCCACCAAAGGCCAAAUCAGCAAGGUGUUCUCAUCCCUGCUCGCUAUACACCCCGACAAACCAGCCCUGUGGAUCCUGGCAGCCAAGAGUGAGCUGGAGGAUAGAAACUCCUCUGAAAGUGCCAGACACUUAUUUCUGAGGGCUCUGCGCUUCCAUCCCGAAGACAAGAAAGUCUACCUGGAGUACUUUCGUAUGGAGCUGCUGCAUUGCGAGAAACUGAGGAAGCAGAAGGAAGAGCUGGAGAAAGCCGAGAUGGACCUGGGUGAAUAUGAGUUUUCUGCAGAGAUCCUCACUGGCAAACUGGCUGAGGUUGUGUACCGAGAAUCUACGGGGAAAAUCAAAGAAGCAGAGUUCGUCAUCUCACUUCUGAACGUAGCCGCUAUCUUCGACUUCACCAAAGAACUCCAGGACUUCAUCCUGCAAGACUUACAGACUAACUACACAGCCGACAGCCUGACGUGGGAUUUCAUGGCUAAGAGGGAGCUGGAGGCCUCGGUGGCCGGGGAGGAGCUGCUGACCGCCAGGGGCCGAGCCGCGGAUAUCAACCGCCGAGAGGAGCGGUGCUGCCAGGUCUACGAGGAGGGGGUCAAGAGCCUCAACACCGAGCCCAUGUGGUCGUCCUAUGUGACCUUCUGCUUGGAAAGGCUGAAGAGAAAGACCAAUGUCGACGAGCUGAGGGAAAAGAGGCAGCAGAGGCUUCUGGGAGUGCUGCAGCGUGCCCACGACUCCUCACUGCUGAAAGAAGGUUAUUACAAGAACUGGUUGCAGAUGCUGCUCUCCACGGGAGAUGCUGAGAGAGCGGCCAGCGUUGCCAUGGCAGCCACGCAGCGCCACAGCCAGUCGGUGUCAGUGUGGAGCCUGAGUCUGCAGACGCUGAUGCAGUUGGGGAGUGGAGACAUGGGCCGGCUAUUCCAGGAGGCUCUCGCACUCGUCAAUCCCAAGGAGAGUCUACCGCUGUGGCAGCUGCAGGUCCAGUGGAGCGUGGCCAACCAGAGUCCCGAGGAGACGGACGAUGUCUUCAAGAGAGGCCUGCUGUCUACAGUAGCGGCAGUUUCCAUGGAGAUUAAAGAGAGCUACCUCGAUUGGUCGUACUCCACUGGAGGCUACAAGAAAGCAAGGACGACCUUUACGAGCUUGAAAGAAAACCGUCCGUUGUCCAAGGCCUUCUUCACCAGGAUGAUUGAGAUCGAGAAGGAACAAGAGACUCCCAAGAUGAACAGUCUGAGGGACUACUAUGAGAGAGCCCUGCAGGAGUUCGGUACCUCGGAUGAUGAUCUGUGGCUGCAGUACAUCCAGGAGGAGCUGGGUCCCCUCGGACAGCCAGAGAACUGCGGCAAGAUCCACUGGAGAGCCAUGAAGUUCCUGGAGGGGGCGAGCGUGGAGAGCUUCACUUAUAAGUACACGCUGUUUCAGACCGGACACUUAUGAGGCGCCGCAGUACGUUCACAAUCUGUGGAGAAGUUCAUCGGGCGGAGGAGCAGGUGUUGCCCCCCCCCGGUCCUGGAAACGGUCGCUGCUCGAACCCUUUGUAAUACUUCAAUUUUCCAGUUGAAAGCAACUCAAUUUCUGAAGUUUGCUGUCCAUUUAAAAAUAAGUUGUUAUUGAUUAAGCUUCUGAUACUUGCAGCCGUAUUCUACAUCAUACAAUUGUAAUUCAAACUUUCCCGUUUCAUUUACAGCCAUUGGUGCUGCAUUUCAUACCAGACUGAUGCUGGUCACAUGUUGUAUUGUAAGAAUGUGCAGUUUCAGAUGAAUUCAACCUUAAUUUGACUCUUUGAGAGGACACUCGUUAUGUUGCCAUGACAAUAUAUUAAAACCGUUUUAUUCUU